AUGGCGGAUGAGGUGGACCAGCAACAAACAACAAAUACUGUAGAGGAGCCACUUGAUCUCAUCCGACUCAGUCUAGAUGAGCGAAUCUAUGUCAAAAUGAGGAAUGACAGAGAGCUUAGAGGCAGAUUACAUGCUUAUGAUCAGCAUUUAAAUAUGAUUUUGGGUGAUGUGGAAGAAACUGUGACUACAAUAGAGAUUGAUGAAGAAACCUAUGAAGAGAUUUAUAAAUCUACCAAAAGGAAUAUUCCGAUGCUCUUUGUCAGAGGGGAUGGCGUUGUGCUUGUAGCUCCCCCGUUGAGGGUUGGUUGAAAGAACAAAGGACUUAACUUUCUUGGAAAGUUCCAGACUUUUGGACAGUGGUUCAUGUUUCAAUCAUGUCUCAAAAUUAUAUGUUUUUUAUAGGAUAUUUUUUGUCAGCCCUUCUGGAAAGGGGAGGGAAGGGGAACCAGUUUGUUUUGAAGAAAGUACGUGUAGUCAACUGAAGCAGUGUAAAACCCAACCUGAUCUGAGAAUUAAUGUAAAGGGCUGUAAAUUGGCCACCUUGUCACAUUCAGUAAAAUAAUCCCUAUGUUUUUGUAUCUUCUCAGUAG